AUGUCACCACCGUACCUAUCAGUGAUUCACUGGAUGCUCAAGGUGCUCGGUAAAGCCAGUCUCCCGGAUACCGAAGCCCAGUUCAAAGCGGCCCCGAUAACCACCAUUUCAAGGCCGGCGUUCAGCGAAUUGCCACUACGCAAAGGAGAUCCCAAGGGGUCUGCCUGGCAGCUCUGGGGCAAGGAUGAUGAGCUUGGCUCGCUGAAUCUGAUCACGGAGGAUGUCAGCCGGUCGGCCGCGGCGGAGGUUGCCCUGGGGAAAUCAGUUAACCUGAACCUCCCGUUGGACGUGCCGCUCAAACCGAUGAAUCCCCGCAGGAAGCCGUGUGUGCAUACCUUCAUCGCCAAAGGGCAUGCCAAUGACGACGAGCUCGACUUCAACACGCAGAGCUCCAGCCAUUGGGAUGGACUCCGACAUUUCCCGUACAAGGAAACGGGUCAAUUCUACAAUGGGGUUACACAGGAGGAGCUGCUAGCGACAGAAAGGAUAGGGAUUCAAAACGUCGCAAUAAACCCGAUAGUGACUCGCGGAGUCCUUGUGGAUUGGUACUCGUUCGCGUUAAGGAAUGGCUUACCGCACCGGGCAUUUACCAACCAAGCAAUCCCACUAGAGCAGUUACUACAGGUUGCACGAGAGCAAGGUGUUACUUUCCGGAGGGGUGACGUCCUUAUAAUCCGCACAGGCUGGACAGCGGCAUAUUCAAAACUAAGCACGGAGGAAAAAGAAAGACUCGGUGGUCGCGAUGAUCGCGCAUCGAUCGGAGUUGAAGCCACAGAGGACUACUUUCGAUGGCACUGGGAGCAGCAGUUUGCAGCCGUGGCCAGCGAUACAGUUGCCUACGAGGCCUGGCCGUCCCCAAGGUCUUGGGGCGUGUGUAUGCACGAGGUGCUGCUUAGCGGCUGGGGCACGCCAAUUGGGGAGUGCUGGGAUCUGGAGGAGCUCAGCGAGACUUGUAAGAAGAUGAAUCGGUGGACUUUCUUGUUGACUAGCCAACCGUUGAACCUGCCCGGAGGGGUUGCCAGUCCACCAAAUGCUACUGCGGUCUUUUAGCGAGGGAAAUAGACAGAUGUUAGUUAG